UCGGCGAGGCUUCACUCCUUUGAUUGUUAAGGAAGGAAGAUGGUUAUAAAUACUAAUGAGCUUUGUCAAGAACAAAAUGUUUCUUGUCGGAAUUAUCAAUUGUUUUCUCACAAUCUCUGCGGACUCUUUGAUAGGCCAGUGAAACAAAGAAACCGAGGAAGGCCUAUUGAAAGAGACUGUAGAGCUAGAACACCAAGAAAUUAUAACAAAGCUUAAGGUUCUUGGUUUGAUCUUUCACCAUGGAAGAUAUAAAGAAUGAGAGUAUUGAUCUUGAGAAAAUUCCUAUUGAAGAAGUGUUUGAAAAGCUAAAAUGUACGAAAGAGGGGUUGAGGACAACAGAAGGUGAAGAGAGGCUUAGGAUCUUUGGCCCCAACAAGCUUGAGGAGAAAAAGGAGAGCAAAAUCCUCAAGUUCUUGGGCUUUAUGUGGAAUCCUUUGUCGUGGGUCAUGGAGGCAGCUGCCAUUAUGGCCAUUGUUUUGGCUAAUGGAGGAGGCAAGCCACCGGAUUGGCAAGACUUUGUUGGUAUCAUUGUGUUGCUUAUCAUCAAUUCCACCAUCAGCUUCAUUGAAGAAAACAAUGCGGGUAACGCCGCCGCCUCUUUGAUGGCUGGUCUUGCUCCUAAAACCAAGGUUUUGAGGGAUGGAAAAUGGAGUGAGCAAGAUGCAGCAAUUUUGGUACCAGGAGAUAUAAUUAGCAUCAAGUUGGGAGAUAUUAUCCCAGCUGAUGCUCGUCUCAUGGUAGGUGAUCCGCUCAAGAUCGAUCAGUCUGCCUUAACUGGUGAGUCCCUUCCAGUCACAAAGUAUCCCGGCAGCGGGGUUUACUCAGGAUCAACCUGUAAGCAAGGUGAGAUUGAGGCUGUUGUUAUUGCGACGGGUGUUCAUACCUUCUUCGGCAAGGCAGCUCACCUUGUAGACAGCACCAAUAACGUCGGUCAUUUCCAAAAGGUGUUGACUGCUAUUGGUAACUUCUGUAUCUGCUCAAUUGCAAUUGGUAUGCUGAUUGAGAUCAUAGUGAUGUACCCAAUCCAACACAGGAGGUACAGAGAUGGCAUUGACAACCUCUUGGUGCUUCUCAUUGGAGGUAUCCCUAUUGCCAUGCCCACAGUCUUGUCAGUGACAAUGGCUAUUGGAUCUCACCGCCUAUCACAGCAAGGUGCCAUCACCAAGAGGAUGACUGCCAUUGAAGAAAUGGCUGGAAUGGAUGUCUUGUGCAGUGACAAGACUGGAACUCUCACCCUUAACAAGCUUACUGUUGACAAGACUCUCAUUGAGGUGUUUGUGAAGGACAUGGACAAGGACACUCUUAUAUUACACGCUGCCAGGGCUUCUAGAACCGAGAACCAGGAUGCCAUUGAUGCUUCAAUAGUUGGGAUGUUGGGAGAUCCCAGUGAGGCAAGAUCAGGAAUCAUAGAGGUGCAUUUCUUGCCCUUCAACCCUGUCGAAAAGCGCACUGCAAUCACCUACUUUGAUGGAAAUGGUGAUUGGUAUAGAAGCAGCAAGGGAGCUCCCGAGCAGAUUAUUGAGCUCUGUGAACUCAAGGGGAAUAUUAGGAAAAAGGCUCAUGAAAUCAUCAACAACUUUGCUGACCGUGGCCUUCGUUCCCUGGGAGUUGCUCGUCAUAGAAUACCAGAGAAGAACAAGGAAAGUGCAGGAGCACCAUGGGAGUUUGUGGGUCUCUUGCCUCUUUUUGACCCUCCAAGGCAUGAUAGUGCUGAGACUAUCCGCCGAGCACUUGACCUUGGUGUCAAUGUUAAGAUGAUCACUGGUGACCAACUUGCAAUUGGCAAAGAGACUGGCCGCAGGCUUGGCAUGGGUACCAACAUGUAUCCUUCAUCAUCCCUCCUUGGUGAUAACAAAGAUGAAUCAAUUGCGUCCGUUCCAGUUGAUGAGCUCAUUGAGAAAGCUGAUGGGUUUGCUGGCGUCUUCCCGGAGCACAAAUAUGAGAUUGUUAAGAAGCUCCAAGAGAGGAAGCACAUUUGUGGAAUGACAGGUGAUGGUGUUAAUGAUGCGCCGGCAUUGAAGAAGGCGGACAUUGGUAUUGCCGUGGCAGAUGCAACUGAUGCUGCCAGGAGUGCCUCAGACAUUGUUUUGACAGAACCAGGAUUGAGUGUGAUUAUCAGUGCUGUGCUGACAAGCAGAGCCAUCUUCCAACGGAUGAAGAACUACACAAUCUAUGCUGUUUCCAUCACAAUUCGUAUUGUGUUGGGAUUCUUGCUUGUUGCACUUAUCUGGAAGUUUGACUUCUCUCCAUUCAUGGUCCUCAUCAUUGCCAUCCUCAAUGAUGGAACCAUUAUGACCAUCUCCAAGGAUAGAGUCAAGCCAUCUCCUGUCCCUGACUCCUGGAAGCUUAAGGAAAUUUUUGCCAUGGGCGUUGUCCUUGGAACCUACUUGGCAAUUAUAACCGUGCUGUUCUUCUGGCUUGCUCAUGGCACUGACUUCUUCUCCGAUAAGUUCGGCGUGAGGUCAAUCAGAGGUAAACCAGAUGAGCUUACAGCAGCUCUCUACCUUCAAGUGAGCAUCAUCAGUCAAGCACUCAUAUUUGUGACCAGGUCAAGGAGCUGGUCCUUCACUGAACGCCCUGGUCUCUUGCUUGUCGGUGCCUUCCUUGCAGCGCAAUUGGUGGCAACUGUCAUUGCUGUGUAUGCAAACUGGGGAUUUGCAAGAAUCCAAGGCAUCGGUUGGGGAUGGGCAGGAAUAAUCUGGAUUUUCAGCAUUAUCACCUACAUCCCUCUUGACAUCCUCAAGUUCAUCACCCGCUAUGCAUUGACCGGGAAGGCUUGGGAUAAUCUGCUAGAAAACAAGACUGCUUUCACUACCAAGAAGGAUUAUGGAAAGGGUGAAAGGGAGGCUCAAUGGGCUACAGCUCAGCGCACGCUUCAUGGUCUCCAGUCCCCAGAAACCAUGAAAAAUGACAAGGCCAGCUAUAGGGAGUUGAGUGAGCUCGCUGAGCAGGCAAAGAGGCGUGCCGAAGUAGCAAGGCUAAGAGAGAUUCACACAUUGAAGGGCCAUGUUGAGUCAGUGGUUAAAAUGAAGGGGCUUGAUAUUGAGACCAUCCAACAACACUACACAGUCUAAAGAAAUUAAAGAGUUUCUAUUAAGAAUCAUAUGCAAGUAAGAUAGAGACAUAGUUGAAAGAAAACAAAGCAGCUAACUUGAAGCUGCUUUUUCUGUUCCCUGAUCAUCUGUUCAUUUAUUAAUAUUGUUAUUAUUUUUAGCUUAAAUCAUAGGAGGAAUAUUCAAAAGGGUGAGAUUCUAUAGUUGCCUUUUGAAAAUUACAGAAUACUAGUGGAGAACUGGUAUAUAGAAUGAAGGACUGCAGGGGCUAAUAUGCUAUGUAUGUCCUUGAUUAGGAUAGCGAGCAGCUUUUGCCUCUUUCAUUGUAUAUUUUUUUCUCAUUCCAGUAAUCAUAAUAAGCUUAAUCUACAGCAUUAA